GCGUGCUCGUAGCCGACAUUUUGAUUGCUGUGGGGUCCGUUAGGUUGGUCAGGAAGUUGCGUCUCCCGUGAAGGGAGGGAGGUGACGGGCUAGAAGGCGCAGGAGAAGGUUCUGUCAGCGCAACACGGGGGCUGGUGUGAGGGUGGAGGACACCGCCGCCUGCGAGGAGUGUCGGUGCCGAGCCGACCCGGUCACUCGGCUGCGGCCACUCUGCUCCGCGCAGAGGCUCGGAUGGCGGCGGCUGCGCUGAGGGUCGGGGCUCAGCAGGACAGUGUGACCUUUGAGGAUGUGGCUGUGUACUUCUCCCGGGAGGAAUGGUGUCUGCUUGAUGAGGUUCAUAUACGUCUGUACCUUGAUGUCAUGCUGGAGAACUUUGCCCUUGUAUCCAUGCUGGGUUCUUGGCAUGGAGUUGAGGGUGAAGAGAUACCUUCUAAACGGAGGGUAUCUGUAGAAGGAGUGUCACAGAUCAGGACUUCCGGGGCAGGUGUGUCUCCUGAGAAGGCCCAGUCCUGUAAGAUGUGUGUCCCAGUUCUGAGAGACAUCCUGCACUUGGCUGAACACCAGGGAACACAUAGCAGGCAGAAAGCAUACAUCUGUGGAGCAUGUGGGAAGCAGUUCUAUUUCACUGCAAACCUUCAACAGCCCCAGAGGCAGCUGGUUACAGAGAAACUCUUCAGGUGUGAUAUGGGGGGACCCUCAUUUUUGAAGAGCUGCACAGUUCAUGUAUCAGAGGAUCCAUUUACCUGCAGGGAGAUUGGGAAGACCUUCCUGGCCAGCAUUGGUCUUCAGCAACAGGCCACUAAUUGCAGGAAGAAACUAAACAACAGUAGUGAAUGUGGAGCUGUUUUUCACAGUGGAAAAAGUCAUCCCAGCUGGAGCGAAUGCCAGAAGGCGUCCCACCACAGAGACAUACUUGUUGAGGAUGAGAGAGUCCUCAGUAGUGAUGGGUUUUGUGAGUGCAGCACAUGUGGGAAGGCCUGGACCCAAAGGUGUACAGUUACUCAGCACCAGAAAGUUCACAUUGGACAAAGGCCUCACAAGUGCAGCGAAUGUGGGAAAUGCUUUAUCCAAAGCCACCACCUCAGUACACACAGGAAGAUGCACACUGGAGAAAAGCCUUAUGAGUGCAAGGAAUGUGAUAAAUCUUUUUCUCAAAGAUGCAACUUCAUUCAGCAUCAGAGAGUUCACACUGGAGAAAGGCCUUAUAAAUGCAGUGAAUGUGGGAAAAUAUUUACCUACUAUUCUGGUUUCCUUACACAUCAAAGAGUUCACAGUAGAGAAAAGCCUUACAAGUGCAGUGAUUGUGGGAAAUCUUACACUUGGAGGUCUGGCCUUCGUUAUCAUCUGAGGAUUCACAGUGGAGAAAGGCCUUAUCAGUGCAGUGAAUGUGGGAAAUCCUUUAGCCAAAGGCACCAGCUCAGUGUCCAUAAGGAAAUCCACACUAGAAAAAAGCGUUAUGAGUGCAAGGAAUGUGGUAAAUCUUUUUCUCAAAGGUGCCACUUCAUUCAACAUCAGGGAGUUCACACCGGAGAAAGGCCUUAUGAGUGCAGUGACUGUGGGAAGUCUUUUACUGGUAGAUACGGCCUCCAUUACCAUCGGAGACUUCACAGCGGAGAAAGGCCUUAUAAGUGCAGUGAAUGCAGGAAAUCCUUUACUGAUAGGUCUAGCCUCCAUUACCAUCAGAGAGUUCACACUGGAGAAAGGCCAUUUAAAUGCACUGAAUGUGGGAAAUCUUUCACUGCUAUGUCUGGUGUUCGUUAUCAUCAGAGACUUCACAGUGGAGAAAGGCCUUUUGACUGUAGUGAAUGUGGGAAAUCUUUCACUGAUAGGUCUGGCCUGCAUUACCAUCAGAGAGUUCACGAUGGAGAAAGGCCUUAUGAUUGCAGUGAAUGUGGCAAAUCUUUUAUCAGUAGAUGUGGCCUCCGUUACCAUCAGAGACUUCACAGUGGAGAAAGGCCGUACGAGUGCAGUGAAUGUGGGAAGUCCUUUACUGAUAGAUCUGGCCUCCAUUAUCAUCAGAGAGUUCACGCUAGAGCAAGGGCCUUAUGAGUGCAUUGAAUCCUUUAGCUAAACCAACAGCUCAGUACCCAGAGGAAUAUCCACAGUGGAGAAUAGCCUUAUGAGUGUAAGGAAUUUGAUAAAUUCUUUAUCCAAAGGAGCCACUAGAUUUAACAUCAGAGCAUUCACACUGGAGAAAGGGCCUUGUGAAUGCAGUGAAUGAGGACAGCACUGGGGUUGGAGGAGUCUGAGGUAGUAACAGGAGGGAGGGGGCAGGUGCAGGCACAGUGCAGCAAAUGGAAACUGAAGCCCAGAGAGGGUGUGUCGUCUGCUUUUGAACUCCCAGCAAUGGGUAGGGACUUAUGAUUCAAUGCCAGGUUGCUUGGCUAAGGGCUUGGGAAGUCUGGUCACUGCACUCCUCCUUCCCUCCCAACCUAGCUUUUGGGACUCAAAGAACCCCUUGUCCUUCCUCACACCGUCUGGCCCUCACCGUGAGAGCUCCUCUCAUACCCCUGUCCCACGCUCAUGGACAGGAGUAGUUCCACUGGGAACCAACUUUGAUGACUUUCCUGUGAAUAAUCUACCCAGUGUACCCAGUACUCAGAAUCUAUUACUCCCAUUUCUGAAAGGAGGGGUCUGUAGUUCCAGGUGUUUGAGGUACUUGCAUGAGGGAGCACAGCUCCCAGGCCUUUGAUGACAGGGUUCCACUGCCUUCUUUACUGCCCCUCCCACCAGGGACUCCCAGGUUCCCAUCUGCCCAGAUGCAUCUGCUGUGUACUGCUAACUACCCAUACCCAUGGUGCCUCUCCAUCUCCCUCAGUGCUCAUCUUCCUGCAAACAUCCUCUUCUGAAGUUCUUCACAGGGACAACAGCACCAGCUGAGGCACCCAAGACAGGGUCAUCAUGUUACCUUAGAUGUGACACUGGCCUCCUGGACUGUAUGUAGUGAUUUCCAAGAUCCUCUCAGUCCUCUUCCUACACCCACUGCUGCAUGCCCUGUUCCCCUGGUUCUCAGCUGACCUGGUCACACUGCUGAGUUCUGUGAGGGACACUGAAGGUAUAAGAAUGUCCCCUGUGGCCCUCAGCCCCCAAGGCUCUUCUUAACCCCAUUACCCAUCGCCCCGCUCCUCCUUCCACCCUACCAGAAAAAUGCAAAUCGCCAGAUAAUGGUGGUUACUCAGGAGGAACUUGCCUUCCCCCACCUCACAACCCACACUUUACCAACCUUAGCUUAAAAGCUGAGAUUGAAUGCAGGUGGACCCUUCCGUGGAGAAUAUAAAACCCCACUUUAUGUUUCUUCCAGAAGCCUUGAAGUUGUGUUUUCUCAUGUGUUUGUUUUUCGCCUGCGUGUUUGGUCAAAUUUGUACCCCUAUGUUUUGCCUGCUUUAAUUCUGUGAAUUUGGAUUACUUUCCCUUUCUUUGACAAGUAGGGGAAUAGGGUAAAAACAGUGUCUUUGGGGUUUGACUCGUUCACCAAUAAUGUGAAUGACUUCUUUUCUGCAUGGAAUUGUGAGAUCGAAUUCUGGAAGAACAUUUUCUCACUUUUCCCCUCAAUUUUUGUAUUACACACAAUGUAAUAGCCACAGGCAUACAUAUUUAAGAUAAAUCUGCAUUACUAAAGUAUAGUCCCUCUCUCUUAAGUCUGGACGUGUAAUAACACAGUAAAUUAAACCCGGGUUUGUAGUGUUUGCCAACGUCCCUGGGGUAAAUGCUCCCACCGUAGCCAGUUAACUGCCGACAUGUCACUGAACGUGGGAGUUGGGAAGCAUUGCCAGUGGCCCACUGUUAAAUUACUUUUCCACCAUACAGAUACAACAGCCAUAAAGGGUUUUAAGGUCAUAGCUAAUAAGCCAUCAUAAAGUGGGUAUGAAGUGACAGGUUUUGCAUAUUUGUUUUUAGAACAGUUUAGUAGAUGUAUGGUUGACUCAAGUUGUGCGCACACAAAACGUACCUUCAGAUGUUGUGACACUUGUGUACGCCCCUGAAACCAAGUUUCCUCUUGACAUUUCUAGUUGAUCCUCAUUAAAAUAUUGAUACAAGAACAAA